GAAAACAGAGAGACCCGACGCAAAAAAAAGGAAAAAACCCUGCCAUCGAACAUCCACUUUCUUCCAACUUGCGACAACUUCACUCACUCCAACCUUCAACAUUCUAAACACUACGAAUUCCACGACUCAGAAUUUACCAGCAAUCAUGGCGGUUCGUGCUCAGUUCGAAAACUCCAACGAGGUCGGUGUCUUUGCCACCUUGACCAACUCUUAUGCUCUGGUUGCCCUUGGUGCCAGUGAGAACUUCUACAGUGUCUUCGAGGCCGAACUUCAAGAUAUUGUCCCUACCGUUCGCACCACCAUCGCCGGUACCCGUAUCAUUGGUCGCUUGACUGCCGGUAACCGAAAGGGUCUUCUCGUCCCUACCACCACAACCGACCAGGAGCUGCAGCACCUGCGUAAUUCACUUCCCGAUUCAGUCCGCAUUCAGCGCAUUGAGGAGCGCUUGUCAGCCCUUGGAAACGUCAUCGUCACAAAUGAUCACAUUGCUCUCGUCCAUCCUGAUCUGGAGCGCGAAACAGAAGAGAUUAUUGCAGAUGUACUCGGCGUGGAAGUGUUCCGACAGACUGUCGCCGACAAUGUUCUAGUGGGUAGUUACAUGAGCCUUUCUAACCAGGGAGGUCUCGUGCACCCCAAGACUCCUAUUCAAGAUCAGGACGAGCUGUCUAGCUUGCUCCAGGUUCCUCUUGUCGCCGGUAGUGUCAACCGUGGUUCCAACGUUGUCGGCGCUGGAAUGGUUGUCAACGAUUGGCUUGCCGUUACUGGUCUCGACACCACCGCCACUGAGCUCAGCGUUAUCGAGAGCGUGUUCCGCCUCGGCGAGGGCCAGGGUCCCAGCAACAUCAACACCAGCAUGAAGGACACCAUGGUCGAAUCUUUCUACUAAGCUUGAUCCGUGGAUUUUGUUUUCUGCAUGUAAAUUGCUUGCUUUCUUGUUUACAUAGGCUUUGCUGCUGCUACCUACUCUUUCGGGUUAUCGAUCAGACGACGUCAUUUCCGUCGCUAAACGAAUUCUUAACUUAUACGGGGCCUGGUGUUUGGAAUACUGCGUGAUUUUGCAGAUGGUAUCAGGAAUAUGGUAUUCAUGAUGAUCGAACGAUACGAUUUAUUCAAGGGAAACGGGACCCCUAUCAGCUAUUUCUCUAUAAAGAGGACUGAGGUCAGGGUGGGGAUGACAAACCCUGUCACAUAGGUGCAUCCAUCUGAUCCGCCUGAGAUGCUGGGUUGUCCGAGAGUCGCUCCCCUUUUGCCUUGAGGCACUCAUGUUCUAGUUACACUUGAGACGGGCAUGGCAAAAGGUGGAAGUUCGGAUAGACUAGAUAUAUUGUUCUGUCACGAAUACAUGCGACUUCUCGAUCCCAUCCCUUGUUACUCGAACCCAUACAGUCAAUCUUUGUCUAAGCAAGUUGUUUUCG